GUCGCUGCCAGCGCCCCCAAGGGCAUCCUGAGGACUCCGCAAACGAUCCAGAAGUUCCAGCAGGUGCCUGCGCAGCCCGGCCAGACGUCGCCACAGCUGCAGUACUUUGGCAUCCUGCUGGACCAGGGCCAGCUGAACAAGUAUGAGUCGCUGGAGCUGUGCAGGCCCGUACUGCAGCAGGGUCGCAAGCAGCUGCUCGAGAAGUGGCUGAAGGAAGACAAGUUGGAGUCGAGCGAGGAACUGGGAGAUCUGGUGAAGGCUGUCGACCCAACACUGGCACUGUCCGUCUACCUGCGAGCUAAUGUUCCUAACAAGGUGAUCCAGUGCUUUGCGGAGACGGGACAGUUCAACAAGAUCAUCCUCUACGCGAAGAAGGUUGGCUUCACACCGGACUACAUCUUCCUGCUGCGCAGCGUGAUGAGGGUCAGCCCCGACCAGGGUCUGCAGUUCGCUCAGAUGCUGGUCGCUGACGACGAGCCGCUAGCCGACAUACAGCAGGUGGUGGACGUCUUCAUGGAGUCGAAUCUCAUCCAGCAGUGCACGUCGUUCCUACUCGACGCGCUGAAAAACAAUCGGCCAGCAGAGGGCGCCCUGCAGACGCGCCUGCUCGAGAUGAAUCUCAUGUCGGCUCCCCAGGUGGCCGACGCCAUCCUGGGCAAUCAGAUGUUCACGCACUACGACCGCGCACACGUCGCACAGCUGUGUGAGAAGGCCGGGCUCCUCCAGAGGGCGCUAGAGCACUACACGGACCUGUACGACAUUAAGCGCGCCGUAGUGCACACCCACCUGCUGAACCCCGAGGCUGCGUGCAAGACCGGACAGAUCAAGGAGGUUGAGCGCAUCUGCCGUGAGAGCAACUGCUAUGACCCCGAGCGCGUGAAGAACUUCCUCAAGGAGGCGAAGCUGACCGACCAGCUGCCGCUGAUCAUCGUCUGCGACCGCUUCGACUUUGUGCACGACCUCGUGCUCUACCUGUACCGCAACAGCCUGCAGAAGUACAUCGAGAUCUACGUGCAGAAGGUGAAUCCUAGCCGGCUACCGGUGGUCAUCGGUGGGCUGCUGGACGUAGACUGUACGGAGGACACGAUCAAGCAGCUCAUCAUGGUCGUGCGCGGCCAGUUCUCCACAGACGAGCUCGUCGCCGAGGUCGAGAAACGUAACCGGCUGAAGCUGCUGCUGCCGUGGUUGGAGAGUCGGAUACACGAUGGCGUCACCGAGCCGGCGACGCACAAUGCCGUCGCCAAGAUCUACAUCGACAUGAACAACAAUGCAGAGCGCUUCCUCAAGGAGAACCCGUACUAUGACAGCAAGGUCGUCGGCCGCUACUGUGAGAAGAGAGACCCGCACCUUGCCUGCAUCGCAUACGAGCGCGGCCAGUGUGACCUGGAGCUGAUCAACGUGUGCAACGAGAACUCGCUGUUCAAGAGCGAGGCGCGUUACCUGGUGAAGCGGCGGGAUCCGGAGCUGUGGGCCCAGGUGCUGCAGGAAGACAACCAGUACAAGCGGCAACUCAUCGAUCAGGUGGUUCAGACAGCACUGGCUGAGACCCAGGACCCAGAGGACAUCUCUGUCACAGUAAAGGCCUUCAUGACAGCCGACCUUCCGAACGAACUCAUUGAGCUGCUAGAGAAGAUUGUGCUCGACAACUCUGUGUUCAGUGACCACAGCAACCUGCAGAACCUGCUGAUACUGACCGCUAUCAAGGCUGACCGCACGCGCGUCAUGGAGUACAUCAACCGGCUGGACAACUACGACGCGCCGGACAUCGCCAACAUUGCCAUCGGCAGCGAGCUCUACGAGGAAGCCUUCGCCAUCUUCAAGAAGUUUGACGUCAACGCCUCCGCCAUCCAGGUUUUGAUCGAGCACGUAGGCAACCUGGAUCGCGCGUACGAGUUUGCGGAGCGUUGCAACGAGCCAGCCGUCUGGUCGCACCUCGCGAAGGCGCAGCUGCAGCAGGCGAUGGUGAAGGAAGCCAUCGAUUCGUUCAUCAAAGCCAACGACCCCUCCGCCUACAUGGAGGUGGUCAGCGUCGCACAGACACACGACAACUGGGAGGACCUGGUUCGCUACCUGCAGAUGGCGCGUAAGAAGGCGAGAGAGUCGUUCAUCGAGACCGAACUCGUGUUCGCCUACGCGAAGACGAAUCGUCUCGCCGACCUCGAGGAGUUUGUGUCCGGGCCGAACCACGCACAGAUACAACAGGUCGGCGACCGUUGCUACGAGUGUAAGAUGUACGAGGCGGCGAAGCUUCUCUACAACAGCGUGUCUAACUUUGCGAGACUUGCCAUCACGCUCGUGCAGCUCGGCCAGUACCAGGGAGCCGUCGACAGCGCGCGCAAGGCUAACAGCACCAAGACCUGGAAGGAGGUGUGCUUUGCGUGCGUGGACCACGAGGAGUUCCGGCUGGCGCAGAUGUGUGGCCUGCACAUCGUCGUUCACGCUGACGAGCUGGAAGAGCUCAUCAACUACUACCAGGACCGUGGAUUCUUCGAGGAGCUCAUCCAGCUGCUGGAGGCUGCGCUAGGUCUGGAGCGGGCGCACAUGGGCAUGUUCACGGAGCUGGCGAUCCUCUACUCGCGCUACAAGCCACAGAAGAUGCGAGAGCACCUCGAGCUGUUCUGGUCUCGAGUCAACAUUCCUAAGGUGCUGCGGGCUGCCGAGCAGGCCCACCUCUGGGCAGAGCUGGUGUUCCUCUACGACAAGUACGAGGAGUUCGACAACGCGUGCGUGACGAUGAUGCAGCAUCCGACGGACGCGUGGAGGGAGGCGCACUUCAAGGAGAUCAUCACCAAAGUGGCGAACAUAGAGCUGUACUACAAGGCGUUGCAGUUUUAUCUCGACUACAAGCCGAUGCUACUGAAUGACCUGCUGCUGGUGCUAACACCUAGGCUCGAUCACACGCGCACCGUCAACUUCAUCAAGAAGACGUCACACCUGCCGAUGGUGAAGCCGUACCUGCGCUCGGUGCAGAGUCUCAAUAACAAGGCAAUAAACGAAUCUCUGAACGACAUGCUGAUUGACGAGGAAGAUUACAACGGCUUGCGCACGUCGAUCGACGCGUUCGACAACUUUGACAACAUUGCGCUGGCGCAGCGGCUGGAGAAGCAUGAGCUGAUCGAGUUCCGUCGCAUCUCAGCCUACCUCUACAAGGGCAACAACCGCUGGAAGCUCGCCGUCGAGCUCUGCAAGAAGGACCGUCUCUUCAAGGACGCGAUGGAGUACGCGGCGGAGUCACGUACGUCGGACCUGGCGGAGGAGCUUCUCGCUUACUUCCUCGAGGAACGUAACAACGAGUGCUUUGCGGCGUGCCUCUACCAGUGCUAUGACCUGCUGCAUGCGGACGUCAUCCUCGAGCUCGCAUGGAAGCACAACAUACUCGACUUCGCGAUGCCCUACAUGAUCCAGGUCAUUCGCGAGUACACGACCAAGGUGGACAAGCUUCAGGAAGCAGAAUCUCUGAGGAGUGAAGAGUCUCAUGGAGCGCCGGCGCCGGGCGGAUACACCCAGCAGGGGCCGCUGAUGAUCACAGCCGGUGUCGGCAUGGGCUUGCCUCAGAUGCCCCCUGGUGUCGUCUAUGGUACCGGCCCCACCCCGUACAGACAGUCGCCCCAGCCGGGCUACCCUGGCAUACAGCCCGGCGUCGGCCAAGGCUACGAGAUGUAGAGCGGUCGUGACGGAGCAGGGUGCACGUGGCCGUCUCUCGUUGGACCGUUGUGGCCUCCUCGCUCCCUCGUAUAGUGCGCGGAGGAGCUUCGUCGUUAAUAGCGUAUAUAACGUUAGGCACUCUGCGGACUGAGCGUUGGAGAGAUCUGUACAUAGCUGUGGUUGGUGGUUAGUAGUGACUCGUAGACCUUCGCUCCCUAGUUAUGCGACACAUGGCACACUCACCCAGGGGGCUGUGUUAUACACAUGUAUCCCUGCGGCUUCGCGGUUGCAACGUGCAGUCAGUCAGUAGGGGUCGUCGUCGUUGUUGCGCGUGCCUGAUGCGUAGAACGACGCGUUCGAAGCAUAAUUAGGGAUCGCCGUCGUCGUUGCGGUGGCGGCGGCGGGGUCGUGAAUAGGGUGUGUUAAUUUAUUAUAAUGUAGUUUAAGAGUCGUUCGUAGUGCGCACUAAUUACCCGUACCGUGUUGUAGAGUCGCGCGGGGUUGCGCGUCGCCCGCACGCCACCGGUCGCCGCCGCCAGGUGUGGCUGUGAGUUGCCGGCCGGCCAGCCAUACGUUAACCGGCUGUUCUGUGUCCUGGAAACUCUGUUGUUGACUGCAGUGGGCUGUAAAGCAGGACCUAUGUAGGUGCUUUUAACGGUAGCAUCACCAGGUCGCGGUGUUGAUAGUAACGAUGAUUAUGAGGAUUGCAGGGACGAUGAUGAUGAUGGUGGUGGUGGCGGUGGUGACUAUGGUGUUGAUGAUUGUCACUGUGUACUGUAGUGAAACUAGGUGAAUGCUCAACGCUCCUCUCAUAAUGCGUUUUGCUGUCGGUCAACGGUAGUUGGUGACUGGACUUCCAUGUUGAUGCGUCGUCGUGUUCAUCGUUUGUCAUCGUCGCUGGGAUGGUUUGCUGUUGGUAGCAGCGAUUCGGUGGCGUUAGUCUGGCGCGUAGUGGGAAGCAGUUGAUGUUAUGGCCUAUACACGCGGGAUUGUAGAUACAAGCGUCGCCCAUCUGCGGUUCCACUCUCUCUUUCGUCUUCUGUAUAUGUGAAAUCAUAGAGAGUAGACUCAAUUGCUGUUUUAGUGAUACUUUACUUAAUUACAUGUGUUUAAUGUGAAUUAUGGUUUACACGGCCGCUCAGUGGCACGAUGUGUGUGUGUGGGGGGGUGGGUCUCUACAUAGCAGCACUACACCCGAUACCCACCCAGGGCUUGAGGCUUCACUAGCUGCAUCCGAAUCUCAACCAAAGAUGUGCGAGUCUCUGUGUCUUGUUCGCGUCCGGUAGGUGGCGUGCAGUGUCGUCGACGCGCGCCCAUCUGUGAAUAUCAUGUCAACCUUCACAAAUCUCAUUCUCUGCUUAACGAGACGUUUCCAGCAUCUCCUUGGAGAUCGAUGUAAGCGUGUAACAGCUCAUUACGUAUGUCUAUGCGACACUGGCUUGACCAGCGCGCUCGUCUCCCUGUAAUCUGAUGUACGGUUUUCGCGGCGUUUUGCGGAAUGCGACGGAACGGCAAGUUUGAGACACGUCGACCCUUCCUCCUCCUCCUCGGGUUCAUUUACCGAACGCAAAUAGCGCUUGCUGUGCAAGUGUCGAACAUUCCAGUAGUUAGGAGUAGUGAGUGAGUCGCACGGCGGCGGGUUGGACGCGCGAUUCCCGGUUCUUUGCCUUCGUGAUUAUGUUUACACUCGUUCGCAUGUUUAUACAUACGUAUAUAUAUAUAUAUAUAUAUAUAGCGGGGAGGGAAUUGCUCAAAAUUGAAGUGCAAAAUUUUUAUGAAUUCCCUCCCAGCUAUAUAUAACACACAAACAUAUACGCAUAUCAGGAGUAAAUUAUCACAAAUUGUGAUCAUUUACUCCUGACGCAUGUACACAUACUUCGGUGGUUUGCCGCUAUGCGUAAUGGCGUGGUACGUUUCAUGUCGAAAUGGAAUUGUGCGAGCAUUGUGAGAUCGUGAAUAUCUCGGCACUAGUGGCGCCAUCUGGUGACACGCCAGCCUGGAAGCUUCGUGGUUUACAUUGAUUGGUUUCCUGGUUGGCUGGUGGUUGCAGUAAGACGGCCGGCGUUUCUUGAUUUGAGAUCGUAAGAUUGUCACACAUAUUGCAUAAUUUUACUUGUAUUACCUGUAUUAUUUUAUCGGUAUUGCAGAGAUUGUUUCGUUGUGUAUUUUCCGAGGUUUUUUUUUUGUUUUCUUUUUUAUUGUUAAUUUUUCACUUUUUGAUGACUAUUUCCGGUACCAGCUGGCUCUGUGUCUGUGUCUUGGUUGUGAUGUUGGCCAAUGACGAGUUAUUGCCAGCAAAAUACAAUCAAGUAUGCAAAUCAGGAGUGAUAUAGACAGGGACGACGCUAAAUGAACUGUUACUAACGAGACGAUGCAGUAGUGCGUUAUUACUAACACUGACAUGACGCUAACGUCUCGCAUCUAAACUACUACGAUAUUAACGGUCGCAUCCGCAAGUGCAGCGUGGUUACCGACAUCCAAGGUCGUAACCUGCGCAAGCACUUCCUUCAACUGCAUGUAUCUGUAACGUGGUGUCGGGGAGGGACUGCAAUAACAGGCCCACCGCCUGGCCGCCAAGUCGUUAGUUCUCACUCCCCCCGUUCUUCUUCGUCGUUAAGCGAUGGUGAGAUUAAUCGAUCCGCCUCGGUUAAUCAUCGUCGUCGCCGCGCAGCAGCAGCAGUAGAGUAGUAGUCGGGUGGAAGCCCCUUUACCGCAGCACGUGUAAUCGUGACGGCAUAUCUAUAAAGCUGUAGCGUGUAUCAUAGGUGACCACGGCGUCGCACGCAGCGUCGGGAGUCCGUCUACUACAUAUACAGGUCGUAUGCUCGUAGUAUUACUCAUUGUUGCAAGUAUAUAUGACAUAAAUAAAUAAAUAAAUAUGACACCAAACAUGCUGAACAUGAGA